AUGCCUAAGGUUAUCCAUUUUGCUGACCCCGCGAACAGACAAAGCACACUUGGCAAGGACGACGACCGUGGCUCGGCCACGGCCGUUCUGCUUGAGCGGGUCCCUGGUCAGGAGUACUUUGACACCUGCUCCGAAUAUGUCGGUCACCACCUCUUUGACGUCAAUGGCAUGGGAGGUGUACAGAACAAGGCCAUGGAUCACGAACUCAUCAACAAACGCAUUUAUGGACUAGCCGAGAAGUUCUCCAUGAAGGGCCAGGAUCAAAAAGCAGUGGCGCUCAGGGGAUACCAGAAACGAGUCCGAGGGUUGGCACGAUCUAUAGGAGAGGGGGGCCGAGUCAGGACGAUUGCUACAAGCAGUGAAACGGAUCAAGAAGAGGCCUCCCAGAAUAUCGUCUCGUCGGUGUUGUUGCUCUUGCUGGAGCUCUCUGACACGCCGACUAUUCCGAGGAAGGGCGAGUACGGUUAUGUCGUCCCACAUGCCCUCAGACCAACCAAUGCGCCGAAAACACAACAGCAGAUCAACAAGGAGCUCUGGGCAUCAAUACUGAAGGAGGAUCCUCUCGUUGGUGAUCAUUGGAAGCAAGCCAGAGUUGGAGUCGAUAAUCAAGAAGGCGAGAGCAGCGACAGUGACUUCGAGGACAUGGAUGUCCAUCCACGCGCUGCUCCUGUCUCGGUGACUGAGGAUCUUGGUCCAGGAUCCAAGGAGGAUGUUUCCGGGAAGGACAAGUCGAGGCAUGCGGCUAGUACCAGUGAUACAGGGAUCUGGAUGCAUAGGGUCGUAUCGCGUUCGCAUACUCUCCCAGCAAAAACACUCGAACGGCAACAAUACUGGCGGGAUGGCGAUCUUAUCUCGAAACAGCCAGCGCGGUCCUCUUCACGGCAAACGCUCGACUAUGAUAUCCAGUCCGCCUCGGACCUCAACUCAUCUCUCCAAAACUCUAGAGGCUUUGUGCUGGCGCAGAGUACUCCGGUGAUGGACGAGAUCGACAUUAUCCACGAGGUGUUCUUCCUGCUCCAAGGGCUCCCAACUACGAUAUUUGUUAUUGGACAAGACGAUUUCUUCAAGCUCUCUCCCAAGGUCACCACAUCUCACCUGUCUCCGGGAGCUGUGAGCGCAGUUGUGAGGCCAUUUCAGGAUUCAGCCACGGUGGUACGGACGCUGCAGGAAUUGGCCGACAGAAUUUGCUCCGCAUCGUCUCAGGCGCAUGGAAAAAUCAUUCAGAUGUUUGCAUCGGCAAUCCAUUUGGAGUUGGCCGAAUUCAAGGAGUUCGUGGCAUCAGUUCAACGGACAUAUCAUCGCAGGUGCGCAGGACCAACACGGAUGAUGGCCUCAUUUAUCGAGCUGAAGGCGACAUUAUCGGAGCGAAUGAACCUUGCGCAUAUGCUCCAGGACUUUAUCAAGCGCUGUGACUUCUACACUGAGCCUUCUAACAAUGGCGAGCGUGCCUGUGGCCAUUCGAUCGAUGUCCUAUCCCGACUGUACGAUAAUGUUCGCCAACUGGAUCUGUGCGGUGACAUCCAAGCGUCAGCAAUGUUUCAGCGAUUGUUGCAGCAGGCGAUAAGGCCAUUUCUUCUCAACAUGGAGCGUUGGCUUUCAGGACAGCCUCUCGAUUCUGAAUCAGAGUUCAUGAUCAAGAUGUCUCCUCAAAUCGAUCUUUUCUCGACGCUGUUUUGGUCUGAAGGCUAUCAGAUCCAGGCAGAGAUUGCGACGGAAGACCUCGCCAACGGCAAAACACGAACCUCGACGGCGCAGAUUUCACCCUGUUUUGUCCCAGAUCUCUCACUCAAACAACUGUUAUAUGCUGGCAAGGCGAUGCAAAUAUCUUUGGCACUAAAGACUUUGGAGACUACAAUGCCCACAGCUAUAGGAUUUGCAACGUCGGUUUCUCAUUGCAUAUUUGAGGAGAGUGGAAACAGUGACGCCAUGGAUUACAUUGACGACGCUGCUGCUUCUACUUCUGCAUUGCACCAAGAUUUUCUUAGAUACUCUGCCAUUCUUGGACAACAGUACCCCUUGACGCCACUAUCGCGAUUAUUUGGCGACACGACGAGAACGAGGAACCUUUUAAACAGCGAUGGGGCGAUCAGUUUUACUUGGAGAAUGGAGUCUGAGCUGGCAAAGGCAAUACAGUUCCAGUACUUGUCAGCAAACACCAUUCUCAAGUCUCUGCUCUUCACACAAUCGCGGCUACAAUGGCAUCUGAGGGGCAUGUCUGAGUUCUUCUUUAUGAUGCAGGGCGAAGUCAUGCAUUUGUUUGCUGCCAACAUAUUCAGUAAGAUGAAACGCAGGCGGCCUUGGCUCGAUAGCUACACCCUGGAGUCUACCUUUCACCAAGUCGCUACACUGUGUGACUGGCAGUAUGCUAGAUUUGUCAAAAUCAGAGUUGGCGAGGGAAAGCGCCCUUGGACAGAUCUCGUGCGGCUCAAGGCCCAUACGUUGGAGCUCAUUGAGUUUGACUACAUGCAAUCAAAACAGAUGUACAGUCGGAUCACAGGGUUGCUUUUCCAGGUCCAAACAGUCAAGUUCGCUAUUGAGCAGUCCUUUUUUCUCAAGUCUAAACCUCCACGCACGCCGGAGCUGUCAACCUUUUGGAAGCUGCGGAUGCGGUUCCUUUGCACCAUGAAUGACCUCUGGAGCUACUUCAUGAUGACAGUACUUGACGUGCAGAUUCAAAAAUUUCGGUCGCAAAUCGAGGGACAGGGUGACUUGGACGACAUGAUUCGACUCUCGCAGCGCUUCAUCAGCACAUGCUACGAGCGCUGCUUCUUGAAGGAGAAGACUUUACCCCUUCAUCGGUCACUCCUGACAAUGCUUAAUCUGGCACUCGAGUUUUCGACACUCUUGUCAAGGUUUGUUACGGAUUGCGGGCAGGGAGAAGAUACACAGCCCAAGGCUGUUGACCCUUCCAGGGAACGGACAGGCCGUAGUGGCAGAAGGGUGAGUUUCAAUACUGCACCAAAGGUUAAUCUGGGCGCUCGAGGACCCAUCCCUGAGAGAUUAACAGGAGAGCUCAGCUCAGACUCGGAAGAAGACUCGUAUGAUCAGGAACAGGACAGGGAUGGAGGUCUAGAAGAGAAUAUUGACCUUGACCACGACGGUCAAGACCAUCCCGCCGAAGAGGAUAUUGAGAUGGACCCAGGGGAGAGCUCCAGUAGUGUCAAGAAGCAGCGGGUUGGCUCAAAUACGGCAAGGUUCCCACGCGAGCGUUUGUUCCACAGACGAGAGUACAGGCGAACAGAUGCGUCUCGUAAGACCUCGCAGGGUGGCAUCGGCAGCAGCUCGUAUCGUGAAUCCCUCGAGGCGAUCGAGCAAGAGUUUAAUCGGUGUCGAGAGUUUCUUGCCAAGAGUCUGCAGGUUGUUGUCAACUCGAAUGCGGCCAGAGGAUUUGCUGAUCGUCGAGGUGGAGGUCAGUCGAGUGAGCAGGGUGUGCGGGGCGAGGGAGACUCGGACUAUCUUGACGGGCUGAUCCUAGCCUUACUGUCAUAG